AUGUCCACAGCCGCACGUACAGCACCGGCAGCUACCCCGGCUCCAUCAGCAGCCGCUGCCAUCGCAAAGGCUUCCACCACCGAAGCCCAGUCCGACCUUGACCGAGCUGCCCUUGAAGCCCUCGAACUUGACUCAGACGUCAUCACAUCUGUUCGUCUCGAUGGACUCGCUCUCACUAAGAUCGUAAAGCACUGCCGUGAUGCUCACCCGGCCUCGGCUUCCGGUGCCCUUCUCGGCAUGGAUCUUGGCGGAACUUUGGAAGUUUCCAACGUCUUUGCCCUUCCAAACCCAGGACGCAGCGGCGGAGAACGUGACGAGGAGGAGGACCGAAGCAGCCGCAACGCCACCAGAUAUACUUCCGACAUGGUUCGAUUGCUGCGUGAUGUUAACGCCGAUGCCAACCCUGUCGGUCUUUACCAGGGCUGCUUCCUUGGUGCUUUCCUCAGCUCCUCCGUUGUUGACGGUCUCGCUGCUAUUGCUGGUUUGAUGGAGCGUGACGGUGCCAGCGGUCGUGGCAAGGGUGUUCUUAUCGUUCACGACAUUGCCCAGUCCGCUCAGGGCAACACCUCUGUUAAGGCAUACCGACUCUCGCCUUCCUUCGUCGAGGCUCACAAGAAGGGCAAGUUCCACGCACAGAGCCUCAUCGACCACAAGCUCACUUUCGCCAACAUCUUGAUCGAGAUCCCUGUUUCGCUCCGCAACACUGCCCUUCUGGAUGCCUUCCUCAGCAGCAUUUCCACACCAAGCGCGCCCGGUCCUUCGAUCGUGCAGCCUAGCACCUCGGAUCUUCUCCGCAACCCACCCACGGCCGCUUUGACCCCAUCGUACACCUCUUUGAACCUUGCAUUGGAGCCCGUUCUUGCUUCAUCCCUUGAGUCGACGCUCGAGAUCAUGGACGAGCACGCCGCUGAGGCCGGUAAUGUCGGUUUCCAGGCCCGUCAGCUUGCUCGAGAGAAGGCCAAGGCUGAGGCUUACCUUACCCGCAAGAAGGCCGAGAACGCGGCACGAGAGGCUCAGGGUCUCGCUCCCCUGCCCAUCGAGGAUGUCAACCGUCUUUUCAAGAUCCCUGCCGAGCCCUCGCGUCUCGAGGCUACUUUGCUACUCGGCCAGAUCGACAGCUCGGCGAAACGUCUUGCCGAGACUGCUGCUCUUGGUGUCAUCCAACUCAACGCCGCCAAGACAGGCGCAGUGUAA